GCCGCCCGGGUGCGUUGUUAGUCCCUCCGCCCGCCGGGAGGCAACCUGCCGCCGUGCCCGAGAGCGAGCGAGAGAGCGAGCGUGUGAGAGAGAGAGAGCGCGCGAGUGAGCAAGCGGGAGGAGAGUGACAAGCGGGAGCCGCCACCCCCGGGCUGCAGUACGUGCCACCACCCCGGCCCUACCCGGCGGGGCAGCCACCGCGCGACCAGCGAGCGAGCGAGCGCCAGCGCGAGCGCCGCGGCGAGCCGAGCGGCGCCCACGCCACGGCCAGAGAGCGCGCGCGGCGCGAGCACGAGCUCGGCUCUAAUUGUCGACACAGACACGAGCGCGGAUUACAAGGAACGGCCCGGCGCAGGGCCGGCACGGCUCCGGGGCUGCCUCCCGAAAGACGCGGCACGGCGGCCGACGCCCGCCCGCCAGGACCACGACGAGGACGACGAUGUCGAUCGGCGGGGAUGGUUAUUCAUGAGCUGCGGGAGCUGCGGGGCAGCAGCGGCAGCAGCGGCAGCUGGCACCUCGCUCGCGGCAGCUGCAGCUGCAGACGGGCGCCGGCAGGUUCGAUGAUCGGCGCGCGGAGCGGCCAGGAGCGGGCGGCGGCGGCGCGGGGCCGGCGGGGGGCCGCGGCCGCGGUGGGGACGGCGACCCGCGACCGCGCCACGGACAGCUAGCCGGACAGCGGUCAGACAUGCUGAAGGAGCGGGAGAGCACGAGCCCGCCGUGCGGGGCCGGGGGCGGCGCCGGCGGCGGGGACCCUCCCGCGGGCGGCGGCGGCGCGACGAUCGCCGAGGCCGUGGGGCCGGGCGGCGGCCCCGGCGGCGGCCCCGGGGGUGGUCCUGGGGGCGGCGGCGGCGGCGCCGGGGCGGCGUUGUGCUCCGGCUGCGGCGGCCGCAUCGCGGACCGCUACUACCUGCUGGCCGUGGACCGGCAGUGGCACUCGUCCUGCCUGCGCUGCUCCGAGUGCAGGGCCACGCUCGCCUCCGAGCAGACCUGCUUCAGCAGGGGCGGCCACAUCUUCUGCAAGGAGGACUACUACCGGAUGUUCGCCGUGAAGCGGUGCGCGCGCUGCCAGGCGGCCAUCUUCUCCUCCGAGCUGGUGAUGCGCGCCCGCGAGCUGGUGUUCCACCUGCACUGCUUCACCUGCGCCACGUGCGGCACGGCCCUAGCGCGCGGCGACCAGUUCGGCGUGAGCCCCACCCCGGCGGGCGCGGGGCCCAGGUCGCCGUCGUGGCAAGCCUACUGCCGGCCGCACUUCGAGCAGCUGCUGGCGGCGUGCUGCGAGACGCACCCGCCCAUGGGGCCCGGCGGCGGCGGCAGCGGCAGCGGUGGCGAGUCCCCCGGGGGCUCCCCGUACUAUCACCACCACGGCGACGGCGGGGCGGGCGGCGGCGGCGGCGUCCUCGGCGGCGCCCUGGGCCCCGGCGGGCUGACGGGGCUGUCGCUGGCCUCGGGGCCGCUGGCCGGCUCGCUGGCCGCCACCGUCGGCGUGGCCGGCGGCAUCGUCGGCGCCGUCCCCAAGGGCCGGCCGCGGAAGCGCAAGCUCACCGCCGUCGCCCCGCUGUCCCCGUUGCCCCUCGGCGCCGACCUGACGCACCACCAGCACCUCGCCAUGCGCCUCUCCGCGCAAGCACUCGAGAUGGUCAGCAAGGGUGAUCUCAGUUCGAGCGUCGACUCGAUGGGCUACGACGGCGGCCUCUUGCCUCAAGACCUGUCCGCGGGCAUGGAGACCAUGUCGUACGACUGCGGCGUCGGCUCCCCCGGCUCGCUCAGCGUCCAGGGCCAGCAGAGGACGAAGCGCAUGCGCACCUCCUUCAAGCACCACCAGCUGCGCACCAUGAAGUCGUACUUCGCCAUCAACCAGAACCCGGACGCCAAGGACCUCAAGCAGCUCGCGCAGAAGACCGGUCUCUCCAAAAGGGUGCUACAGGUGUGGUUCCAGAACGCGCGCGCCAAGUGGAGGAGGAACAUGAUGCGACAGGAGAACGGGCAGCAGGCGGGCGCCGGCCCCCACGGGGGCGGCGGAGGGGGCGGCGGCGGCGCGAGCGCGGGGGGCGGCGGCGGCGGCGCGGGUGUGCCCAACCCCGGCGGCGGACCGGGUGGCGGUGGCCUGGGCCUCGGCCUCGCCGACGCCACCCUGGAGGAGCUGCACCACCACCACGCCCACCACCUCGUGGGCCCCCACGGACCCAUUAGCGCGGGCGGCCUCACCCUCGCCGACCUCUACUGACAGCACGCUCGUCGGCGCCAGGCUCCCGUCGGGUGCGCCACGUGACAUUGAUGGUGAAAGCCAGUAGUCGCUACCGCUACCCCUACUGACUGCGCCUGCAGCGCUAGGGCCCCAGAAGUGAACUGCCGUGUCGUUGACAGUGAAAAGAACAUUUGUGGCGCUUGGUUGAUGCUGGUGCGCUCCUGCACCCUCAAGUGUUAUUUGCCCAUACGAUUGAUGUAAUGUGCCCGCGCUGAUAAAUCUCGAUCAUUUAGAGAGUAUCGAAGAGUAUAUCGAGGGGACGACAUUCCCUCUUCAUGUUACCUGUCUCAUCCUUGUCUUUCUACACCAGCUCCCAUGAGUUGCUUAGUUCUAGUCAAAGUCAUUUCCGGGAUUAAUAUGUAAAACUUUACGAUAAUUUGUGAUAUAUUUCAUUACUUGUUAAUAUGCAUAGGAUUGUUUUGUUUUGUGGUGACUUCACAGCAUAUCCGCAUUGAGUAUUUAAAAAACAGACGAAGUGAUAUAAGAGUUUUCAUCCGCAUUCCAGUGUAUCAUUUAGAUGCGCGUCAAGUUAUUAAAUAAAAUGUCUAUGCCUCAAACAACGUAGAUGUGAA